AUGGCGCAGCCAAAUGGCUAUGAUAAACUAGCAAGAGAUUUCGAUAGCUUCUGGUUAAAGUUUUACAAGAGCAGCUGUCUGUCCCCGAACUUUCAAAGACUUCCUAGAUGUUGGAAUAAUAAGGAUCGCUCGAAGUCACUAAGACUGACACAUUUCGCCCUGACCGUGUCGUAUAGUAGCGGAUUUAAUGAGCGUCAUGAUACUAGUUACGGUGGUCAGGAGGCAGCUUCUGUUCGUUCUGAUGCUCCCAUCCCUCUGACAGCUGGCAUAUAUUACUAUGAAGUUACUGUGCUUUAUCUGGGUACCACUGGUGGUGUAUCUGUGGGCGUAUCAAUGAAAACUUCCAGCCUCAGCAAACUUCCAGGUUCUGAAAAUAAUUCUUUUGGUUAUCAGACGGAUGGUUACGCGUAUCAUGGGUCUUCGAACUCAACUACAAAGCUGGGACCUCGUUUUGGGGAAAAUGACGUCAUCGGUUGUGGAGUUGAUUUUCUUUCUCACAGUUUGUUCUUCACCCGAAAUGGUGUCUUUCUGGGCAGAGCCUUUGAAGGGAAAUUGCCGGUUGGCGCUGGUACACGUUUGUUCCCCACAAUAGGGUUACAUGGUCGUGGAGUUCGUGUGUCAACCAACUUUGGACAACAGCCUUUUCAUUUUGCUUUUGAAAACCAUCUUAAAACAGAACGCAUAUCUCGUGAAAACAAACUAAUUGAACUCACUUGUAAAGAAGAGUUUGCUGGGAUUAAAAUAAAGGAACUUGUUUCUGGAUACCUCGUCCAUCAUGGUUAUGUUGCCACGGCCAAGGCAUUUUCUUACUGGUCCAAUCUUGCAACCUCUGUUCAGAAUUCUGAAGUUCAAACUAAUGAGAUUCCAGCCCAAAAUGAAACUUCUAGUCGACCGAACUUAGUUUCUAGUUCCUCCGAGACGAAUGUUGAUAUGCAUCAAGAUGUUACUAACAAGGAUUCUAACCUCCCAGCACUUCAGCGCCGCCAUAGUGACAGCUCGUGUUUGACUCCAGCCAACGGAAACGCCCACUUAGGGAACCAAAUUCCUGGCAUUGCAAGCAUGUUGCAUCGAAGACGAUUGCGAGCUCUAUGCCGACGAUGUCAGUAUGGGAAAGCUGCCGCUACUUUAAAUCGCUUAUACCCUCAAGUUCUUGAGCGGUGUCCGGAAUUGCUUGUUCAACUUCGUUGUCGACAGCUUAUUGAAAUGAUGCGUCGUCAUGCCGUAAGACGUGGUCGUAGUCAAGCCUCCAAUUCAGGAAGUGAAUUUAAUGACUCCAGUCCAACUAUAGCUCCACCAAAAGUUCAAAGAGUAUCUGGUUCACUUCAUGUUGGUUCAGGAUGUUGUAUUACUGACAGACAAGAUAAAUCAUUUCAAGAUACAUCAUCUAGUCCAAUUCAAACGACUGUUGAAAAUGGCACGUCAAUCUCGUCAAUGGAAGUGGAUUCGGAAGAUCUGUCCAAGGCAUCACCUGCAGAAGAUGCACAGAAAGUGAAAGAAAAGAUAAAAAUGAUCGAAAUUCCAAUAUGGUGA